AUGGAACCCCUGCAGAAUGAGCUGGCCGCAAGCAAGAAUUUGUCUCUCCCUCUUGAUAUACCGUCCGACUACGGUAAAUUUUGGAGCCUUAAAAAUGUGGAUGGCGGUUCUGGGAAUAUCGCGUCGGUGGACAAGAACUACACCAGUUGUAACCAGGGUGGAGGACCGUCAAUGGUGUCCGAUUGCUUCAGCGCGCUAGCCAAGAUGACGAAGAAUGGAGCCAUUAAUUCAGAUUUUGAGUAUGUUCCAUAUAUAUCUCUUGACGGCAGCUAUAUAGGCGCAGAGGCAUUGAGCCUGGUGAGGAUCCUGCCAUCUUCUUUCAUUCCCAAAGCUGACUACAAAUCCACGAAUCAGGUCUCGGGAAACUGCAGUAUCAAAGUCAUCUACGACGUCGAUUGGUGGCCAGACUACUGUGAAAGGUCCAUCACGUAUCUUGAAGUCAUUGCCGCUGCGCAGACUGUCAUUGCCGCUGCGCAGACUGUCAUUGCCGCUGCGCAGACUGUCAUUGACUGUUGUACGAACAAGGACGGGGUCCUUAGCGGUACCCAGAACAUCAGAAACGGGUUGUAUGCAUGUGGCUCCCAUCUGGAAAUCUCGCCCGUGGGCUGA